UUAUAAGGAUGGACACUAACCGCGAGUGUUCGAUUAUUUAAACGCGCCGUCGACGGUAACGUUAUUCAGUUUGUGAUCACUGCUCAAUAAUUAUGGACGCUAUAAAAGUAUUUUGCUUCGUUUUUGCUCUUGUUGGUGUUUUUGCAGGGGUGUCCGAUGCAAUCAAAUGCUACCAUUGUACCUCAUUAACGGCGGGAAACUGCAUGGACGACUUUAAGAAGGAAAGCAUCACGAUUAAAGACAACUGCAACUCAUGCAUGAAAAUUAAAGGAAAAUAUAAAGGGAACCAGGCCGUUAUUAGGACAUGCUCUUUAAUCAAAGUCGGGAAGAACGAAUGCAAGGAAGGUACACAACUAGGCCUCAAGAUAAAAGCCUGCGCGUGUGUCAAGGACCUAUGUAAUGGAACGAUGCGCGUGACCGUCACGAUCUUCACCCUGGUAACAGCCGUGCUAGCCGCUUUCAAGUUAAUGUAAGGAGUAUAUGACGAGAUAUGAUGAGAUCACACAUUUCAAUCACAAACAUUCACUCGUUCAUAGUGACAUUGAUUUUAAAACAAUUUUCCAUUCUUUCUUUGUGUACCAACAGUAAAAUGUCCUGUUAAGUAUAAACAACAAAUUAGUAACUGCUCAUUAUUAAAAUUCAAUACAUAUCACUACACUUGAUUAUCAUAGUUUCAAGUUUCAAGUUAACAAAUGAUAACUUCAUUUAUGUAAUAUAUUUGCACUAUAGAGCUUAUAUAUUGUUUGCCAUACAUUUUUUUAAAUGAAACCACACUAGUUUUUGUAUUAGUUAUUAUUUACAUAUGGUUUUAUUUGCUCGUCUGAACGUUAAAGUGUGUCUUUUCUCCCACCUCAGAUAAGUAGAUCCAUUAAUUUAACCAUGCUAGAAAUUCUAAGCUUGCCCAUGGGCGAAGAUAAAAUGCCCGUAUGGAACUUCUUUUAAUGGUUUCCACAUUGUAAUUACCUCCCUUGUUGAAGACUGUCGUCUGUAGCGCAUCAUGGAAACCUUGUCUUGUGGCAAUAUUUAGAACGCGAGUUAAAUAUUUCUCGCUUCAAAUGUCACCAGAAAACAGUUUUCUUGCAACUUUCAAGAAAUAAUGCUUCACUCUUCUUAGAACUAUUUAAAGACCGAUCAGACCAUUUACAUAUUCUGAAUCAGUGCGCGAAUAUCCAUGACAACCACGAAUUAUUGCAUAUCCGUACGCAAUUAUUUUCACUAAGCAAAAAAGAGUUCCGGCAAAAAAAUACAUUUUUACUUAAUUUUGUUUAACUGAGGUGGGAGAAAAAGCAUCUACCAUAGCCACUCGUGUAAGAUAGGUUCAUCCCGACCCUCGCGCAGGGUGUUUUGCGGAAACUCGGUCAACCUCGUUUCCUCAAAACACCCUACGCUCGGGUCGGAAUGAACCUAUCUUACACUCUCGGCCAUGGAAGAUACUUAUAAUGUUGUCUGUAAGCGCCUAUCUACCAAGACAAGUUUUAUCACUUGACACCACUGUUAAAUGAAGAGGAAAACCUUGUUUUCCUCAAACGAUCAUUUAAGUUCAUCUACGACUGUGUUAAAGUUCCCUUUAGGGAAGGUAAUGCGUAGGGCACGCAGGACAUGUUGCUGACGUUUAUAGAAAUAUAUAUACAUGUGUAAAUGCAUGUACCUGACCGACACGCAAAAUCUGUACAAAUAUUAUGUUAACUACAUGUAUGCUGCAUUGUUCAUCACCAUGUUUUUUUUAAUUAAACAUUAUGUAACCCUUCCAUUUAUAAUAUGUUUAUUGUAAUACUUUGUACAUAACUUGUAUAUCUUCAGAAAUGGAGCAAAUAAAGAAGAUAGAUAGAUAGAUAGAUAUAACAACUUGCUCAUUGACGAGUUGGACAUUAUAGAAAGUUUUCUAACUUUAUUUGUUACUUUGGACAUAUUUGUACCAAAUGCUAAGCCACACGUGCGGCGUCUUAAGCUCAUUAGUUAACACAUAUGCUAAUAUGUCCUUGACCGAUGUGACAUUUUAACAUAUAAUAACCGUAAAAAUAUAGUCAAAAUGGCUCACACAUGGAUAACAAUAAUAUGCUCUACUUUCAUUUACCUCGUAAGUUGCGUGGUAUUAAGCAAUAGAUUACUCUAUUUGAAGGUAAACAAAGUUAAACUAUCCUUUACUUUAGUGCGUAAAUGCAUUUUGGUAGCCUUAUGUUGCUGUGUUAUUCCAAAUUUGAUAUUAUAAUAAAAAAUUU